CAGAGUCUCACCAUGUUGUCCAGGCUGACAGGAUGUUGAACUUACUGUGUAGCCCAGGCUGGCCUCAAACUCACAGAGAUCUUCCUGCCUCAGGCUCUGGAGUGCUGGGAUCACAGCCUGGACUUCAGUAUGUGCACCUCCAGCCACAGUUGUCUUCUACACCAAUCUCUUGAGGGAGGACCUAGAAACCCAACUUGGACCCCAGUACCCAGGGUAACAGAAAUAUACAAGGAGGACUCAGGAACAGACCUGAGGAGGAGGGUUUGAAUGUGCUGCCCCAAAUUCCUGUGCUGGAAACUUAAUCCCUGAAUUCCUACGCUGAUCCUGCUUGGAGGUAAAGAGGCUGAGAGUGAGCCUGGGAUGAACCCACAAAUUCUGAGAUCGAAGGGCGCCUUUGGGUUUCAGCACCCUGUAAGACUCUACUUGCCCAUGUCGAAGCGUGAGGAGUUCCUGCGGGAUUCCGGGGAGAACGUGCUGGCCAGCUUCCCCAUGCAAGCCACCAUUCACUUCUACGACGACGAGUCCGACACUGAGUCCGAGCUUGAGUCCGAGCUCGAGCUUGAGCCUGCUGAGCCCAAGCCCAAUGAAGAAGAGCGGGCGGGAGAAACCCAGCCCCCAGCACCUCAGUGCCAGGAGCAGAAGGCGGCAGGGACAGUGAACGACGUGGACAUGGAGGAGCUGGACUGCUGAGCCCCGCAGGAGGCAGGGGCCCCCCGACCUCCUUCUCCGUGUCUCCCCAGGGACCGGCGCUUGCUGCCCACCCACAUGAAAUGCAUCACUUGCGGUGGCCUGGUGACAGCUGGUGUCCUCAGGGUCAUCAGAGGCCAGGCUGCGGCCAGCGACCAGGACUCUGCUUCUUACCUUUGCUUCUCCUGUGGCUUUUUCUGAGUAGAUGUGGGGGACAAAGAGGUUUUCUUGUCAGCACCAGUUGUCACCUGGAAAGGCCAGCUAGCAGUGUCACCUGCUGAGAUGACACAGAUCAGCGCCCCCACCUUCACCUGAUUCUUCCUGUUCUACUCCUUCUGCUUUUGCAAAAAUAAUUUAGGUAUCAAAUCCCAAUUUUAAUCCAUGGUUCAAGGGUUGAUUGGGUUGCUUUCUAACAUUCUGGGGAAUAUAUAUUAACUAUGAGAAAAAUAAAAAAUCAAAACAGUGAA